UUGCCGUCCAGCGCCGCCGGAGCUACCCUUCCCGUCGCUUCGCUCCUAGGUUCUCCAGCCUGGUGCUGGCGCUUUGCCUAGCCACGGGACUUCUCCGCACGACUCUUGCAAUUAAAGCCACAAGCGGGUUUGGGGCUAAGAAGCAGCGCCAGAGAGCAACGGCGCAAGCCCGUCUGCAGCUCCUGUGCCUGCAGAGGGUUGGCGGGCGAGAGCCUGGCCAAUCCCGAGCUUUGCCAUUCCGACCGCUGACAUUUCUCCGUGCGUAUUUUAACUUUCAAAGAAAGCGAGUUGGCUUCUGGUUUACGUCGGUCGCGGUUUCCUCGCGGAAAAAAAAGUUUGGGCGAUCAUCUGCGCGAGAGCGCUUCCCCAGCGGCGAAGCGGCAGAUGGGCGUUUAAAGGGGCCGUUGGAUUAAGGCAGCGGGGCGGGAAAAGAAGCACCGCGGCUGAGGCAAGAGAGCUCGGCGCGGCGUUUGUGGUGCUCCUGAAGCCCUCGGCAAAAGCUGAACUCGGAUGGAAGGAUGGAAAUGAAGAACAUGGAUCAUUACCUGCGCCGUCUGAAACAAGAGUUGAUAUCCAUGAAGGAGGUUGGAGACGGGCUGCAUGAACAGAUGAACUGCAUGAUGGGUGCUCUGCAAGAACUGAAACUGCUCCAGGUCCAGACAGCUUUGGAACAGCUGGAGAUUUCAAGUAACCCAAACCAGGUUUCAGGAAUUGGCCAGCAUAACUACUAUCAAAACAAUAAGGAGAUGCCAAGGGCAAGGCUUGAUGCCAGCCAAGAGAAUGAGACCCUGCUGGGAAAACGUUAUUUGGACAACUGCAGAUCUUCAGCCUUUUUAUGCUCAAGUCCUGUGUCACGCUCUACCAGCUUGUGCUGCCGUAUAUCUUUGCCAGACACUAACCAUGGGCACAUAGCUUCAUCCCUUAGCAGCAUAGGUAGUGAGGAUGACAGUGGACCUUCAUCAACUGCGAGCACAACAGAGUAUCAUUCACCAAGAAUGUUGGAGUCAUCUAGUGACAACACAACAAGCAGUUGGCUUAAUCAAGACACCAGCUGCUUGUCUGAGACUAAGUCAGUUUGUAAGGAUUGUUGGUUUUCUGAUGAGAACAAAGACUGGACUUGCUCAUUAAUGUCUCAGAGUAGGAACAGACAACCUUUGAUCCUGGGUGAUAACAUCUUUGCUGAUCUAGUUGGUAAUUGGCUGGAUUUACCAGAGAUAGACAGAAAAGGAGAAAAGAAUGAGGCAUCUCUGCCAAGUAGCAAGUCCCAAGAAUUCUACAAGAAAUUUUCCCUCACAGCCAAUCUCUUCAAGAAAUUAAGGAGUGUCCGGCCAGAUAGAGACAGAUUACUAAGAGAGAAGCCCUGCUGGCUGCCCACAAAGAGCAAAGAGACAGAGAUCUUAAAGAGGCCACAAACAGGCAACAAACAGAAGGGGCUGUUUUACUUCCCAGUACGUGGGAGCACAGCAAAUUCUCAAGACAAAGUCAACAGGUGUGAAAAGAAGGAAGGAAGGAAAGCCAAGCCCAAACCCCAUGCCAAGAAGGUCCACACCACAAUAGAACAUACUCAAUCAGGGUUUGAUUUUAACACAGCAGUCUGGGUCUGAAUUCCAAGACUCAUCAUUUCAAUUGCUAAAACUGUUCUGUCCAGAACUAGAGAGAAGUAAGAACAAGGAAAGAAAUAUUUUUUCAGACCUCAGACCAGGAUGGGGAAACAAUGAAGAAGAUGGUUUCUAUAGAACAAGUUAACAUAUAUAAGUAGAUAGACAUUACUACCCCAAGCACAACUUGUCUGACAAAAUGUAUUUCAUAAAUGGAACUUAAGUUUCCUAAGGUAGUGCUUGCCAAUGUCGAUCGUUUGGAUAAGCUUCAAGUUUGCCAAAUAUAUUCACUUUGUCUCCAGGUCAGGUAGCAACAGAACAUUAGGUCACAAGUGUAAGAGUGUGUUACAUGUAUGUCUGUGUGAUUGGAUUUAUUUUUUUAAACUCUGCUUUUUUUGCGAGCACUAAUUCCUGGAUUAUGCACCAGGCAAAUGAAUAAGCACUUGACAAUGAAGUUAUAAAUGAGGUGUAAGUUUGUAAGAAGAGACAGACUGUGGGACUUGAAUGUAGACUGAUGGAGUUGGUACAACCAGUUUAUCCCUCUGGUUUUAACUGUUCUUUUUUUUAAAAAAAUAGUUAUUUCUGUCUCACCCACCACAAUCCAUCCUGUACUAGAAUUAUGUCCAAGGAGUACUAUGUUACUAGUCGCGUUCCCAUACCCCAAUAUCUCAACGAGCAAGAAUUAUUCAUAUUUGAUUUUUUUUUUGCCUUCAAAGCCUUAAACUCUGAAUGCCUCACUGAAACCCCAAGCUCUAACAGACCUUUUCCUGAUUUUGUAUUUUCUUUUUGCAUUUCUUACUGUGUGUGAACAUAGUUGCAAAAAUGUAGUUUUCUCCAGGGAUCAUCUCCCCAAGAGUUUAUUAAUAAAAGUGACAUUCCUCUCCAAACUGUCUCCAAAUGAGACUGCUUGUACAUUCAUACGUUCUUUAGCAAACUGUUAUAUUGUCUACAUAGGAAAAUGGAAAAACCAGUCAUGUUGUCAGUUAUUUAGUGAAACUUUCUUUCAUUAGUAUUUUGUCCAAAGUUACAAUACACACCAGGAAGCAUUUGUAUUUAUUGUAAAUUUCUAGGAGAUAGUUAAAAUCUUGUAGAUACUAAAGACAAAUCAGAAUCCUUUUUUGGGGGGUGGGGGGAAUACACAAUAAGAACUAUGCUGCAUAACCACAACUAGCCUUUAAUUCCAGAUUUGAGUCCUGUUUGAUCGUGGAAUUUAGUGGUGACUUUGUUCCAGUUACUGUAUUUUAAGCUACACCACUGCAGGUUUCUCUUGUGGAAUAAAGUGAAGGUAUAUUUUCCUUCCAUUUAUACCACUCAACCCUUUGAAAGGAAGGAUGAGAUAUAAAUGCAAGCGAUUGAUGGGAUCAGUCUAUCUGUGUGGAUAAGCUUUCUCCAGGCAUGUGAAUCUGUGUCCAUGGACCCCCUGUUUAUUUCAAAUGAUAGAACCAUUCUGUACUAUCAAAGUGAUUAAUACUCAGUCUUUAAUUAUUUGGGAAUUAAUGUAAUCUUUUGCUAAUGGGGCGCAUACUCAACAGUUUGAUUAAAGAAAAGUAGGUUUGUGAUCCUUCCCCAUCCUUAAUAUGGAAAUCUGUAUAUAUAAUAAUCUAACCCCCUCCUCCCCCCAAGUUGUAAUAGAGUUCAGUUUAAUUUAUACACCCUCAGAUUUUUCUUAAAUGUUUACUUAAUAAUUUAGGGCAUGUCAAUGAAGGCACUGUAUAAUUUUUAUAGAAUGAGAAGAAAAAAACCAUAAGUGCCAGUGCUGUCUAAUUACACAAAAUGUGUUUCUGUUUCAGCUACUGAAAGCAAACAGCCAAGUUUUAAAGACCAUUAGGAGAUUUGAAGACGCUUGAGUGUGUUUUCUUUUACCCCUGCGAAUGAAUUAAACAUAGGCAUAACACAAGCACU